AUGACAUUAAAAUCCAAUAAAAACGAACCCGCUGUCAUACUUGAGCGGGUCAACAGCGCUCGAACAGCCCUCUCCGACCUGUACCUGGAGCAGCUGCUCCAAAAUAAACCAAAGGCGGAAAAGGUAAGAGGUUUACACUACAAUACAUUCAUACGAUUGCCAUAAUAGUAUAAUUAUAGAAAAUAUGUCUUAAUCAGAUAAGCAGUAGGCCUAUACGCCUGGAAGGCUGUAGCCUACUUACAUUCCUUGGUGAUGUUGUAAAACAAUACAGAUUGUCCAUCAACUUCAUUGCAUCAGUUCAGGACGCAGGGCUGAUACAACCCGGUUUAAGAUUAUCAUCUUGGUGUUCAUGUGCUUUUUGUAUUUUUCAUAUACAUUAUUAAAUGUACGUUUUUCCUAUUAGUAAAUAUUUUAAUAUGACGUCCACACAGGCCUAUGUUAUAUAUCAAGGGGGGGGGGGUGGGGGAUACUAUGAUUUUAAUUUUUUUACAUUUUAAAACACAUUUCCUGCAAUUCUACACAGUUUGAUAUGAUUUAUUAUGCCUCUCUUGAGGGGUAAAUUGUGGGGUAUAUGGAGGGUAUAAGUGGAAGGGAAAACAUAUUUUUCUAUAGGAAGACAGCUAACUUCCUGCAUUUCAACACAUUUUGCCAUGGGGCAGAGAGAAAAAUGUGCUGUUUUAAGCUAAUCUCAUGCUAGUCUUCACAUUUUGCCAUGAGGAUGAGAGAACAUUUAGCAGUUUGUAUCUCAAGCAGACCAUUUAAGAAAUGCUUGUUCUUUCCUCAUAGAGGAUGAUGUCAUCCUCCUGAGGAGCUUGAGCUGGCCAAUCAGCGGUCUACUCGCAUGAAUAUUUUUAAUGACCGGUAUAAGCCCACACCAUUCUGUUGUUGGAGUACGCCCACACCAUUCCAUAACAGAAAAGCUGCUUUUUAACAUACUUAAUUACCAUUUUUUGGAAGGAAAACUUUUUCACUCAUAUUGUAAUUAAUUAUAGCCAUAUUUCGUAGAAAUCUGGAAACACUGGACAAUUACUUUAAAGGUCGACUUUGGGCAGAAAUGCACGAGUAAUGGCUUUAAACUAUAUAACUGACCAAUGCACCAUCAUACCAGGUCAUUUAAUGAAAAAACAAAACAAGAUGAAUAAGAUAUUUGGCUACAGAAGUGCCAUUUCUUACCGAUCUCUACAGCUUCAAUCCAAAAACAAAUACUGUGAAAUUACGUCAACACAUACUGGAGCAGUUACUGGCUAGCUACAAGUGGCUAGCUUAGCUAACAAACUCUUGUUCUGGGGGGGGGGGGGGGGGCAUGUGGUAAUUUCACCUAUGUCAUGCACAUGUGUAGAGUUUCAGUCUAGGUCUCUCCCAAGACAUUACUGCAUCAUGAAAAGUUCAGUGCUUGUCAAAUCCCGUCUUAAUUUGUUCCAGACAAGUCAUAAUAAGCAAGAUUCAGUUCUGCUAUUUCUCUAACAAGGAACAGAAACCACAUACCAGGCACAUAGAGGAAUCAGGUUAACUGUUUCACAGCAAUAGGGAAAAUACAUGUGAUGUCCACAUAAUGGAUAGUUGUAUUCUUUAGAAGAGGGGACUGACAUUGGUACUCAUAGCCAGUAUAGGCCUACUACUGUUUUUAACACUACUUUCAACUUGUUUAGAUAUGUACAUAUGUUGACCAUGUACAGCAUCUCAAUUCUACAAUGUGUUACGCUCCUAUAAUAAGCUUCAAUUACAUCAAGGGAUGUUUUCCAAACUGAGACACCUGCGCUGGAUCUUUUAAUAUGGAUUUUCAUCUGUCUUCUUAAUUAUUUGUGAAAUAAUUAGACUUGUCUAGUAAGGGUCUUACAGCAGUAGUAUGAUCCCAUUCCAACCACACAAUUCAUGGACCUUUGACCCCAAAGGUGAGGACUUAAUGUUAUCAGCCUCUUGAUGAGGCACUACUGUAGUAGAUUAGCCUAGGCCGGGCAGAUCGUUAAUCCCCUCAGUCCCCUAGAUCAGGUUGACAUUCUCAGGUCCUUGUCUUUGUUUGCUUGCAUGGGGAAAUGCAGAGCCAGGUGUACCUAAUAGACACAGGCAGGAGGUUAAGAACAAGCCCCUAUUCUCCUUUGUCUGUCUCAAGGGGGGAUUUCUUGGCAUGUGAUGAUUGGACAAUAGGCCCGGCCAGGGUCAGAGGAUUAGGGCUAGGGUGCACAGUAAGGCCCCUACUGCCUGGUCAGGGUCAGAGGAUUAGGGUUAGGGUGCACAGUAGGGCCCCUACUGCCUGGUCAGAGGAUUAGGGUUAGGGUGCACAGUAGGGCCCCUACUGCCUGGUCAGGGUCAGAGGAUUAGGGGUAGGGUGCCUUAGUAGGGCCCCUACUGCCAUGUCAUGGUCAGAGGAUUAGGGUUAGGUUGCAUAGUAGAGCUGGACUAUAGGGACAAAAAUCAAAAUCGCGAUAAAUUGACUGAAUUGAUGCGAUACCGAUCAAUAUAAGGAUACGUUUAUUACAUUAAUGUGCACCCCAGUUUUUUUUUUUUUAAGUAUCCUUUAAACUGCUACUACUAGUUUGAUGGUUGUAGCCAUCAACUGUCCUAUUAACAAUCACCCAUAUUCGCAAACUAAUUUCAUUUCGAAUUUCACAUUUCUCGAGUAGAGGCUACUUAUCAUAAUGAACGAUAUCAGCAAAAUGCCUGCGAUAAGUGAUCGGUAUGGUCGGUGUCGAUCAUUUUCAGUUGAUCGUCCCAGCUCUAGUGCCCAGUAGGGCCCCCUUUUUUAAUUAUUAUUAUUUCACCUUGAUGGGAUUUACUUGAGGGUUCUAUUGACGUUUAUUGGCCGCGUGUACAGUUUAGCAGGUGUUUUAGCGGGUGCAGCGAAAUGCUUAUGUUACUAGCUCCUAACAAUGCAGUAACAUGUCAAACAAUGAAAAUGUAAGGGACAGAAAAAAAAAAAGAAAUCAAGAACGGCGGGAUGAAUCUGAUUAACAACCCAAAUAGCACUGUAGGAGUAAUAAAAAAAAUUAUAUACGUAUGUAUACCAGGAGAAUUGACACAAGAUCAACUAAUAAUUAUAUGUACAGCAGUAUAUAUAUAUUAGAGUAAGCAAUUUCAAGAAUACAGUGUAUAAAUAAAUAUGCGGUGUGUAUAAACAGUGUAACUAAAAUACAUUGUACAGUAGUAGAAAUAUUAUGAUGAGCUACGUCGGGGAUACAGUAUUUAAAUACGCAGUGUGAAACGGGAAGUGACCCGUGGUUCAAUGUCUGUAUAGCAUGGGUUCCAGUGAUUCACUCUGCUUGAUCAGUGAAGGAGGUGCUAAUGAGUGAGGGAGCAAGUCAGGCAAUCAAGUUCGAAAGAAGUCAUGAUACUUCCAACAAGGAAAACAUGUCCCCUGAUUGAUACGUAAAACAAAGUAUGUCUGAAAGUGACAUUGAAGUAGCAACUUUGACAUGGUUAAACGUUGAGUGCUGAGAAGGGAAGCCUUGCAUGGAGACUUUCCCUGACAUUAUGUGUAAUAACCUUGUGCAGAGGCUCAUGUUAAAGUCUACCUCAUCGAGAAGCUGAAAUGUGAAAUCUGCAUCUAUUGUGAAAUCUGGACCGUCGCCAAGUCAGGAUCACAUCUGCUUUGAGGAGGUAAACAAAUAUCUUAUUUUAGGAAUAUCGUAGAGAUGAGUGCUGGUGUCUCGUUGUUUGCGUGUGUGUGUGUGUCCAACAUUGACUUUACUUUUCCAUCUUUGUGAUGCUUGCCUCGGACUGAAAAACGACUCUAGCCAGAUCGAUUAGAGUGCAGUAUGUUUUGUAUUUGCUUGUGUGUGAAUAAGGCUUCCUGUGUGUGCUAGCCACCUGACGUGUGCAGACUCAGCCUGCUCCUGCCUGCCACACACUGAGUCAUGUUUCACUGGAGACUAGCCUAAUCAUCCAGGCUAAAGAACUGCAGCUUUCUAUAAAUAGACACACAGCCAUGUCUGCCUAAUGCACAAUGUCUCCCAUCCUAAACCACUGUGUCAUUGGUGUAGUUUAACCUUAUCAGUCCCGAGACCCCAGCAGAAAUCGUUUUUUCAUUUAUCUGCAUGUCCAGCCCUUAUAUUUAAUAAUAAUUUUGGAGGUGCUUAUAUUUGUCCUGUUACACACAAGUGUGUAAUGGAAAUGUUUUUUCCCCCCCAUAUCCCCGGGACCACCCAUACGUAAAAAUGUAUGCAUACAUGGCUGUAAGUCGCUUUGGAUAAAAGCGUCUGCUAAAUGGCAUAUUAUUAUUUAUUAUUAUAUCCUAACUCCCCCUGAGGCACCCGCAGGGAGUGGGGUCAUGGUCAGGUUCGCCAUUGUACAGCGCCCAUGGAGCAAUUAGGAUUAAGUGCCUUGCUCAAGGGCACAGCAACAGAUUUUUCACCUUGUUGGCUCCGGUAUUCAAAUCAGCAACCUUUCAGUUACUAGCCCAAUGCUCUAACCUCGAGGCUACAUGCCAAUUAAGUCAUUUUCAGGACAACCAGGGUUGCAAGUAGAACACAAAACAAUUUGGCAUAAACAGUUGCAUUCAUGAGUUUUAUUGACAAAUGUAAAUAAAUAAAAAAUAGGUUAGCCAAAGCAAAAACCUGAUAAAAAUGAAUGUAUAUGAAUGCUGUAAGUACAUAAAUUGUUUGCUCACUGGGAAAUGAAUAUCCAACUAGUUGGUGACAACUGUUUGUGGAGUUUGUGACAGCAACUAUGUGAGCUUAUUGCAAAAUUAGAGACACUAUUUCCUGGGAUUUCCUAUGAUCUUCUAUAGAAGAACCCCUUACCUUCUAAUGAAUCUUGAGUAGCUUGUGAGCAUCCUAGAGCAAAACAUGUGCGUGUUCGUGAGACUCAGCUUUUCAUAGUUAGCUUUUAAUAGUUUGUAGCUCAAACCAUUUGGGACUCUACAGACUUUUUGUACAAAGACCGGGACCCGGGAUCCGUCCUUGUCUCACAAACACCGCUCUAGCUCAGCCCCCGUAAUCACACUCACUAAUGGUUGGUAUGUACGGAUACAGAAGAAAUUGACAAAUCCAAUGGUACAACCCAGUUAGAAGUCCAAAACUUGCAGGCGUUACAGUGGGACUCAUUGGGUUAAACAGGGACAGACUGACACUAGAACAUUGCGGAUGUGCUUGUGUUACAUUCCAUGCUCCCAUCCCCUCAUUGAACCAAAAAAACAUGACCUCAUGAACAAUGUUGCUCUCUGAUUUCAUAUCAAAUUUAGCUGGUCUUGACAUCCCUCAAAUAUUGCAUUUGAAUUAUUAAGGUAUUAUAAGCAUUACAUUGGUUAAAGGCCCUGUGCAGUCAAAAUUAAAUGUUUCCUGUGUUUUGUAUAAUAUUGUAGAACAGCUGAUGAAACUAACACUGUAAAAGUGUGAAGACAUUUUAUCAGUGUUAUUCCUGAUAGUUGCUCGUUAAAUAUACAAUUUACACAGGACCUUCUAAUCAGCAGGUUUGCAUGGGCGGGAGUUUCAGCAUUCCAUGGUGACAUCACCAUGUGGUAAAUUGGUUAAUAGACCAAUGACAAAGAGAGUUCCAAACUCUCAUGGCCCUGUUGUUUUUUACACCCCUCCCCCACUUAAAUAACCAAGCUUCCGUCAGAGAUGGAAGAGGAAGCGAGAAACCCCACUCACUGUUUUAUUUUCUCAGUUUUUUUUCUGGUUCAAUUAAAGUCAAUGAACUAAGUAGACCAGACCCAGCUGCUAUUGCAUUUGUGUCUAUGGGAGACACACCCAGUUAAGUAGACCGGAACUGACCAUUUUCUUCUAUGGUAAAUGGCCUGAGUGACCUAUGUUUACUUAUCCCCAUCAUAGCUUCGGUCACUGGUGCAUGACUACAACUCCCAGAGGCCUGCUGUUCACACAAUGAGGUCAGGGGUCAGCACCAAUGACUCACAUGUACAAAAGACCCCAAGGAUUCAAGACAGCUUGUUUUUCUUUGACUCUGAGAUCACGUGACCCCCCCACCCCCCUCCCCUCUGACACUGCUCAGUGGAAGUAGGAAGCCACAGAAGAACAGAGUGUUUUGCUUCUGGGAGACUGGGAGUGCCAAGGAACUCCACAGUUGAAUCUACCGUGGCACGUUGAAGCCUGUAGCUGUUUUUUCAGAUAGCGUAUCAUACUAUGUUGCAUUCCUGACAACUGAGUUGACUAGUUCAGCAUUAUGAGAUAAAGAGGGUUAUUGACAAAACUUAGACUCCGACAUUGAGAGGGAUUAUACAAUGAGUAGCUGUAAUCUUUUAAUAAUGCUAUAUUUAAACUGUGAUACCUGUUGAGGAAGACUACACAAUUUGUUUACUGUUAAACUGAUAAUACCUACAGGGGGUGCCUGCCUAAUUUCACUGUAACAGCAUAACGAAUUCCAUAUUUCACAUGACAUAGUAACAGGACUCUUUCGGCAUAAGGCACUGUUUGGCAUUGUCGCCGGGAUAUGGUGCCAGUAAUUUGUUAUGUUAAAAUAAAAUAAGAUACUUUAGCUCUAACUGGAAUGAUUUGAUAGCUCACUUGGUAAACUAGUUUUCAAACUUUAUUGGGUAUUGAAAGGCUGUAAGCUCUCUUUUUAUGUCUCACUUUAGACACACACCUCUUUGAUUCUGGUUUGUAACUAUGGAAAUGGGAUAUUGUAAAAAUAAACUUCAGAAGUUCCAAAAAAAGCUUAAGAAAAACUGGAGCUCAUCAAUUAUACAAAGGUGACCUUAAAAUGACAGCCCAGUCGACAGACAGUUCAUCAAGGACGGGUGGUAAAAGUGGGUACCAAGUGUGCCCUGGUCAUCAUUAACACAACAAUUUAAGGGUUAACGUUUUUGCAACUUUGUAAGUUCAGCUUAUUCAAUAAAUGCCAGUGCUGUGUGUUCUUCAGCUGACCUCAGCUGUUUUCUGCUAUUACAUAUAUUAAUUAUCCAGAUGAUACCAGUUGACCUUUAGACCAGUCUGACGGUUUCCUUUGGACAUGUGACUUCCCUCUCAGUCCAACCAGUGUCAGCACUUCGCAGGAGGAUUUAUUGAAGGCUGAGUGAUCCCUCCCUGUCUCUUUAUGACUCAGUUCUGUGUGCUGAACAAUAUGAGUAAUGAACGUUCAAGGCUUCAGCCUGUUUGUACAGUGAGGGAAAAAAGUAUUUGAUCCCCUGUUGAUUUUGUACGUUUGCCCACUGACAAAGAAAUGAUCAGUCUAUAAUUUUUUAUGGUAGGUUUAUUUGAACAGUGAGAGACAGAAUAACAACAAAAAAAUCCUGAAAAACGCAUGUCAAAAAUGUUAUAAAUUGAUUUGCAUUUUAAUGAGGGAAAUAAGUAUUUGACCCCCUUCUCAAUCAGUAAGAUUUCUUGCUCCCAGGUGUCUUUUAUACAGGUAACGAGCUGAGAUUAGGAGCACACUCUUAAAGGGAGUGCUCCUAAUCUCAGCUUGUUACCUGUAUAAAAGACACCUGUCCACAGAAGCAAUCAAUCAAUCAGAUUCCAAACUCUCCACCAUGGCCAAGACCAAAGAGCUCUCCAAGGAUGUCAGGGACAAGAUUGUAGACCUACACAAGGCUGGAAUGGGCUACAAGACCAUCGCCAAGCAGCUUGGUGAGAAGGUGACAACAGUUGGUGCGAUUAUUCGUAAAUGGAAGAAACACAAAAUAACUGUCAAGCUCCAUGCAAGAUCUCACCUCGUGGAGUUGCAAUAAUCAUGAGAACGGUGAGGAAUCUGCCCAGAACUACACGGGAGGAUCUUGUCAAUGAUCUCAAGGCAGCUGGGACCAUAGUCACCAAGAAAACAAUUGGUAACACACUACGCCGUGAAGGACUGAAAUCCUGCAGCGCCCGCAAGGUCCCCCUGCUCAAGAAAGCACAUAUACAUGCCCGUCUGAAGUUUGCCAAUUAAUAUCUUAAUGAUUCAGAGGAGAACUGGGUGAAAGUGUUGUGGUCAGAUGAGACCAAAAUGGAGCUCUUUGGCAUCAACUCAACUCGGCAUGUUUGGAGGAGGAGGAAUGCUCCCUAUGACCCCAAGAACACCAUCCCCACCGUCAAACAUGGAGGUGGAAACAUUAUGCUUUGGGGGUGUUUUUCUGCUAAGUGGACAGGACAACUUCACCACAUCAAAGGGACGAUGGACGGGGCCAUGUACCGUCAAAUCUUGGGUGAGAACCUACUUCCCUCAGCCAGGGCAUUGAAAAUGGGUCGUGGAUGGGUAUUCCAGCAUGACAAUGACCCAAAACACACGGCCAAGGCAACAAAGGAGUGGCUCAAGAAGAAGCACAUUAAGGUCCUGGAGUGGCCUAGCCAGUCUCCAGACCUUAAUCCCAUAGAACAUCUGUGGAGGGAACUGAAGGUUUGAGUUGCCAAAUGUCAGCCUCAAAACCUUAAUGACUUGGAGAAGAUCUGCAAAGAGGAGUGGGACAAAAUCCCUCCUGAGAUGUGUGCAAACCUGGUGGCCAACUACAAGAAACGUCUGACCUCUGUGAUUGCCAACAAGGGUUUUGCCACCAAGGACUAAGUCAUGUUUUGCAGAGGGGUCAAAUACUAAUUUCCCUCAUUAAAACGCAAAUCAAUUUAUAACAUUUUUGACAUGCGUUUUUCUGGAUUUAUUUGUUAUAGACUGAUCAUUUCUUUGUCAGUGGGCAAACGUACAAAAUCAGCAGGGGAUCAAAUACUUUUUUCCCUCACUGUAUGAUGGUGAAACUGUUAAGCACCAGGUGUCUCCUACAGGUUUCUUUUUUUUAAAAAGGCCAGGACUGGUCCAUCUUAGUGGACAAGCAGCAUACUGCACUCUAUGUGUUCUUUACUGCAUUCUAUGCCCCUGUGUGGGAUGUCAUUUCAUCAGUGUUUACCGUGGGAUCCAGUCUAAAGACUGCUCUACUACAUUGAUGUGUUAUGACAGGGACUAUUUCUACUCUCCUAGUACUGGUAUCCUGUAAAUAUCUGUAUUAUGUUGCAAAGUAAACAACAUGUUUACUUACAUUGACCAUAAGACACCUCUAGGCUUUCCUAGAACACUGCAGGAUAGUCCAUAUGGUGUUAAAGUGUAGUGUGUGUGUGUGUGUGUGUGUGACCUUGUUCUGUUCCGUCUCAGACACACAGGAGGGGGAAUCCUGCACUCUGCAUGAUUAGGUUUCCCCAGACUGGGCCUGCUACAUAUCCAUUCUACCUCUAACCCAUAGAAAUGGGCAGGAUAUACCUACAGUUGUCGUAAAACUUCCACUCGAUUUUUCUAUAAUAUAAUUUGCCAUUGUUGCACAUAGAUCACACACUCUAACGAUAAUCCACUCAGUUACAAGGAACAAGGAGAGACUAAAACCUAUAAGAUAAAGGAAAUAGCUUUGUGAAAAUAUGAUGAUGGAAGGACCAGCUCAUUGCCAUUGGAGUUGUUAAUCAUUUUUAUGGCCUUGUUGUUUUCUCUCAAAGACAUCACUGCCACCUCCUGUUACUUUAGCCAGUGGAUCUGACUAGACUAGACAAGACUACUGGCAUAUUGAUUUCCAUUCAUAUAAAGAACUAUGACAGAUUACCCCCUUCUUAUAGGCCUAAUUACUUUUCUGUGAGCGGAUAACUGUGAAAACAAAGCUGUCAGUGUCAUUGCAAAUUAAUUUGUGUCAGCAUGGUGUGGUCAUACACAUUGAACACAUUCUUAACUUAUCUAAAAAUAAAAGUUGUUUCUGUUUGCGUGGUUGACAAAGUCACCUUGUGAUUUCUCUGAACUAAUGUUAUCACUUUCCAUGUCCCUAUACAGCCUGAGAUCGCUAACAGUAAAGGGACACUUGCAGUUAUCUGUUAAAAGAUAAUAAAACGUAUCUAUGUUAGAUAACAAACAUUUGCCGCUGUAGCUGGCAGCAUGUUCCAUCAGGGAGUACAGGAGGCUUAAUUCCAUUAUUGCACAAUAAGGGUGGUUAGUAACCUUUGUCACCCUGGGGUCCAUGUACAGAACAGUCAAGGGCUAGAAUAGUAUGAUGGCCAUCCACGUGAGUGGUUUUACUAAUCCCUGGCAGGGCUAGCAAUGUGAUAAUGCCCAUGGGGCCGGGGGCAGUAAAAGUGAUUUAGUUAAUGUGAUAAAAGCGUGUGUAAUGGAGGGACAUCCACACAGCAGAGCAGGCCAAAUCCCACAGGAGGACCCACUUCUAUUAUCCGCUCUCUGUGUGGAAUUAAGGAAAGGAAAGGCACCAGUGUCUCCAAUCUGUUUAAAAUAAUCUCAUGGUGUACAUUUGGAUCCAUGAUUUGAAUUUGCUGCUUUGGUAUUUCAAGUUCAUAAAAAGGUCAUUAACAUAGUGUACUUUUGGUGUACUUAAGCAUUUUGCAUUUGUACUUGUAUUCAAUCAAACCUGGUUUGCACAUUGCUGAAAUGAAACGGAUGGAGUGGAGGGAUCACCAUUAAAGGCCACAUUCCUUUGAGUGACAUUACACACAGUUCAGUGUUCUCACAGCCAGACAGUGGUCAAGUAGUCAGGGUUGUUAUUUGUUGAUGUAAUGGAUGUCUUAAUCUUUACGAGGGAUUUGUUUGUUCAUAUCAAUACUUUUCUUCUAAACGCGAUCUCACUCAGGCGUAGCCAUGACAACCUUUUGUGUACCAGAGCAGCGUACAUGGGUUGUCCCUGCCUAAUGAGCUGGUGAAAAUGUGGAGUUAAUUUUCAACCCCAAACAGAUGCUGAAACUGCAAAUUAAAUAUGGCUGUUGGGACGCAGCCGAAAAAAGCUUUUAAUAACGCCACUGGAAAUACCAGUGUUCCAAUAAUCAGAUGGUCAGGAUGUUUAGCUCAUUGUAACAAUCUAUUUAUUUAUUUUCACCCCAGUAUCCUGUUGUACCUAGCCAUGUCAAUGAAUCCAUCUCCUGUGCCUAUUGAUGUUAAGUGUUGACAUGUUUUUCCAUAGGGGCUUAUGCCAGCCUAUGAGACAAAGGGAGCCGAAGUAUACACCAACGGCAGUGCUGGUCACAUGAACGGAACUGAGCUAACCAGGAUGCGUGAGGUGGCGUUUGAAAAAAAUCCCUCAGAGCCCAUGGUAAACCUUUCAGAUGCCAAUUCCUCUCUUUUUCUGUCUCUCUCAGUCCCUUUCUGUCUUUCUCACUCCUUUCCUUUCCCCGUCCCUCCUCUCUAUCUCUCAGUGACUCGCUCUGUCAUUUUGAGGAAAGAUUGUCGUGUGCUGUUUUCAUGCCUCAUGUUCUUUGCCUUUAGGGGGUGACUCUGAAAUUGAAUGGAAAACAGAAGUGCACUGUGGCCAGAAUAUUACAUGGGGGCAUGAUACACAGACAAGGUACAAAACUCAACCACACCGACUAACAUACUGAAGUGAUUGUAAUGCAUUUGUAUUAGAACAGCAACAGUAUUCCCAUACUUGUAUGGCAAAUAGACAUUAGUUUAUUAUUAUAUAUAUAUAUUAUAUUAUUUGCCUGAUAACACUCUUUGGUCAUACUGAUCCUCAGUACUGUGUUGAUCAUUUGUUGUCCGUCUCCAGGUUCCCUAAAUGAAGGGGAUGAAAUAGCAGAGAUCAAUGGAACGAGUGUGGCCAACCAAUCUGUCGACCAGCUACAAAAGAUCCUGGCAAGUCCCUACCAUCUCUGUUUUAACAAAGAAAAGAUACUGAAGAGCAUUCUGCCCCUGAGAGAAUGGGUGAUAUGUUGCAAUCUCACAAUCAUAGUUUUGAUAGUGUGGAGUGUAAGUAAAAUGGUUGUCAUCCUCCAUUACAGAAAGAUACCAACGGAGUAGUCACAAUGAAAAUCAUCCCCAACCAACCAAGGUGCUCUCCUGUGUGUGAGGUAAGCCAAUAAAUGACCCAUUGGAUUUGCACAUUUUCCCCUUUAUGAAUGGACUUGGCUAUGAUCACUAUCUGGACUGAUUUUGUAUUUAUUUUUUCGCACCCUGAAAUCAAAUUUCAACCGCAUGCAUGAUCAAAUGAAUGGUUACUAUUCAAGCGGGGUUACGCUCUUUGUUGUACUAGUUCUGCCAUGAUAUCCCAAAUGAUUUAAUCAGAAAAAUACAGCAGGUAGAUGAUAUUGUGUAAUAGUACACCCUUCAGUUAACAAGGGGUUGACAGUCAUUACAGAGGGCAUCAGUCACUAUAUUUAGUCAUCUAGUGGUGCCAUUUUGACUCAUAACCUACUCUAGUCACGUGCUAUAUCGUCAUCUAAAUACUGUUCCUAUUAUAUUUUGACCAUAUCAGCAAAUUGGUGGAUUAUUCACUACCACUAUUGUAAUAAGACAAAUAAACAAGGUUCCACAGUUUUAAUGUUAUUUUUCUAUGAUACCGUGCUAGAAGCGUAACCACGUCUUUGAUACGGUACCGUCCUGUACCUCCAAUCAUGUCUUCUCCCAAAUCCUCUUUAUUAAAUUGAGUUUGUUCUUUGUCAGGCGAAUCCUACCCUUAAGCCAAUUAAAGACACAGGUGACUAUACAACCAUUAGAUUCCACUACUAUACAGAUCAUCACUCAUGUUAGACUGGCGAACUGAACUGAAACACAUUGGUAGUGCUCAGCGUUUCACUCUGACAUCUGCUGGUCACAUUAUGCAAUCAAAUCUCCCCCAACGUGCGGCAGUUGAUAGAGAUUGUUCUGCCUCUCAAUCUAGAAUAAUUCAACAUUUAGAGAUAUGAGUUUCAUUUUUAAAUGUGAACUAAUUGGAAAACAGUGUUAUACAACGUAAUGACAAACACUUCAACCAAAGUCAUGUUUGUCAAUACCAGAAUAGUAGAAGCAUGUCCAUUGUCCAGGCAUUAUGAUAACUGCACGAAUUGUGUGGUCAGUGAUGACAGUCUAAUUUUUCUGCCAAUUGAUCGAUUAGUAGCAUAUCCUAAACUAUACGGUAAUUAUAUACAAAACAAUAACCUUUUAGAGACCAAAUCCCUCCUGUGGAUGCUGCUAGGUCCUCUGUGUGUUGCGUCAGAGAGCAUAUUACCACAGGAAGGAUCUGUGACCCAUUAACUGAUAGAUUACUAACUAACACUAACAUCUAGGAUGCUGUUUAGACAGGUAAAUUUAAUCUGAGCCACAGCACUAUCUCCUGAUUUAAUUCAAAAUAACAUACGAUUUCGCACCAUAUGCUGGAAACUGCAGUGCUACACGUCAUUGCAACAACCAUAUCAACCACAAUACACAUAUGGCGAACGUUAUUGCCCAGUUCCCGGAAAGGGGAUCAUGUCCUCUCAGCCAUCUCUGUGUGUGCAGCAGUUCUGUGUUACUUCCUCCACAGAUGUACAUGAGGGCUCAGGUUGACUACGACCCUGCCAAAGAUGAUCUCAUCCCAUGCAAAGAGGCAGGGCUGAAGUUCAAAACGGGCGACAUCAUUCAGAUCAUUAACAAGCAGGAUCCAAACUGGUGGCAAGGCAGGGUAGACAACUCUACCGCCGACUUCGCUGGACUCAUCCCAUCCCCAGAACUUCAAGAAUGGUAAUAGUACACAAAGUAGAAGACCCACUUCUGAUUACCUGUAAAAAACCUUUUGCCUCAAAGUUGCUUGAAGCACUGAGAUUGACAUGCAUAUUAUUAAUGUUAGCUCUCUGUGUACAUCCUAGGGCCAGCCGUGCUGCCCUGUUCUGAGCCAAUUGCAAUUUUCCUAAGUCCCUCUUUGUGGCAUGUAACUAAACGACUGAACAGUAGUCCAGGUGCGACAAAACUAGGGCCUGUAGGACCUGCCUUGUUGAUAGUGCUGUUAAGAAGGGAGAGCAGUGCUUUAUUAUGGACAGACUUCUCCCCAUUUUAGCUACUGUUGUAUCAAUAUGUUUAAGCACUGAAAUCCCUAGGAUCAGCUGGCCUUUUCCUAAUCCUAACAAAAACAUUAAAUGCUGAAAAACACACUUUACUGUAAACCAGGGAUGGGCAACUUUGAUGGGGCUGGGGCUGCAAAAAUCUGAACUCAUCAUGAGGAGCCGCGGCUGCAUAUACACAUCCAUACCCACACAUGCAGUCAGAGCCGGCCCUAGCCUUUUAGGGGCCCUAAGUGACAUUUAGUUGCGGGGACCCCCCACCUUGCGGGCAAAAUAUUUUAGCGGACCCCCUCUUGACAGCUGAAUUUUUGAGUUAAUUCCCUGCAAUUCUACACAUUUUGCCAUGGGGUGUAGAUAAAAUGUUGCCAUAUUAAAGCAAGUUUGCGGCAAUUCUACACAUUUUGCCAUGGGGCAGAGAGAAAAAUUAGCAGCUUUAAAGCUAUUUUUCUGCAAUUCUUCUAAUUUUGCCAUAGGGUGUAGAGAGAUGUUUGCAGUUUUUUAUAUAUCUGAGUGAAAGUGUCUAACAAAAUCAAUGCCCCCCCCCGCUCCCGGUCGGUAGUUUGACCAUGAUUACAACAACUUUAGAUAGCUGGUAAGACUAACUUACCAAUCUUAAAAAUGUUAGCUGACAUGGGCUAAUUGAGUGACAGUCAGUGACUGACAUAACAAGAGAAAAACUGCUGAUGCACAACCAAAUUUCAAAAAUGCACCUUGUGUAUUCUACUAUUCUAACUCUCAACAUUAAGUUGAGACCCGCUCUAAAAUAUAGGUUUUCAGUGUGUGAAUAACCCCCAGUCUCUCCUCUCUGCUCCAGGCGUGUGGCAAGUAAAAGCAAGGCCACAGAGGGCACCCAAUCCUGCAGCCCCUUUGGAAAGAAGAAAAAGUGCAAAGACAAGUAUCUGGCCAAGCACAGCUCUAGUAAGACUUGCCAUUUGUUUAUACCCAAUACAAUCUUGAGAACUACCUAUACUAACUAGAUGUAUAAUGUAUUUUACAUUGCAUGGCAUUGUUUUAGAUCCCUAAACCACCCAUGUAUAUUCUCUUCUCCCUUGUUAGUCUUUGACCAAUUGGACGUGAUUUCCUAUGAAGAGGUUGUUCGGCUCCCUGCCUUCAGCAGAAAAACCUUGGUGCUUAUUGGUAAGCUCCCUAUAUGAUCGUCAUAAGCGAGACCUGCCUGCCUUAAACCUAAUUUAAACCUGAUAUUUGAGAUUGCGACGCUAAAAGUGAGUAGAUGAACCUCUCUUUGCCUUCUAUAUGUGUAGGUGCACCGGGUGUAGGAAGGAGCCAUAUCAAAAGCUCGCUGCUGACCAAAUACCCAGAGAGGUUUGCCUACCCUGCACCACGUAAGUAGGGCUUUUACUUCUAAUGGUCUUCUAUCUGGUUUGAGAGCAAUUAGUUUUCCCAAACCCACCAUUAACUGGGGCUCGAUCCAAACAACAGACACCACCAGACCCCCACGUAAGGACGAGGAGAACGGGCAGGAGUACUACUUCAUCUCCAACGACGCCAUGACCAAGUGCAUCACUGGGAAUGAGCUGCUGGAGUAUGGCAGCUUCCAGGGAUUCAUGUUUGGAACCAAAAUAGAGACUAUCCAGAAGAUCCAUGAGCAAGGCAAAAUCGCCCUGCUGGAUGUUGAACCACAGGUAGGCAUAGAACUUGAUAAAAAAUUAACUAUUUAAAAACACACACAUUCAAGGUUAGCAGAACAAGAUAUUUGUUUCAGAUGAAUAACAAGAUGAUUACUUUUUCUUGUUAUGCAGACAUUGAAACUCUUGCGGAUGGCAGACUUUGCGCCUCUCGUGGUGUUCAUUGCACCCACCAACUCAGCUACCCAGGUACGCUACUGCUCAUUCCUUAUAUCCAGGAAUUAAGGUUAUUUCAGUUGAGGACCAUUCAAAGUAUGGCUCUCUCCAACCAUUUACACUACGAUAUCGUUUCCAGUCUGUAAUGAGAUGCUGAACCCCUCAGGAGUUUGACUUCGUAGUCUGAUAACUUGUUGUACCUUCCCUUCUAGUCAGAAGCGGUGCAGUUGAUCCAGAAGGAGUCGGAUGCCAUCCUCUCCAGCUACAGCCACUUCUUUGAUGUGCAGCUAGUUAACAAUGAUGUUGAUGAGAGUGUGAAAGGAGUGGAGGAAGCCAUGGAGCAAGCCACCUCCACCCCACAAUGGGUACCUGUUUCGUGGGUCUACUGA